AGCAUGGGUGGAGGGGUGUACGGCACGUCGUCCCCCAUGCUGCUCGCCGUCCUGAGCUGACUGCAGAAGAGCACUGCGCCUCUGGACUCCUGACCGGAGCUGGGUGGAGGAAUCAUCAACGGGACCAGACAGUGGCGCAGCAGCGGCUCUGAUGAAGUGGUGUGAAGUUUGAGGAAGUCAGUGACAUGCGUGGGGUGUGUCCAAAACACUCACGUCAGGACUUCAGCUCACACUCUGUCAGUUUGGAUUCGUAUGAAUUAAACAAACACCAGAUGAGAGAGAGUGAGAGGGAGAGAAAUCUGGACUGAACAUCAGCUCAUGCUCAGCCUGGCAUGUUGUCUGUCCUGUGACUCAGAGAUCAUACAGUAACACAGGAGUAAACUGGUUCACACAUCAGUCAUGGAGCACGUCCAGCUAAUAGUCAGUUGAGGAGAUCUAUCUCAUGACAGCCUAUCUAGAGAUGUCAGGUGAUACCAGUACGUUAUCAUGGAAACCGCCUCCUCCCAGUCCAACGCAGGUGCCCACCAGUGCCAUCGAGAAUAAAUGCACGGGGCCGGUGAAAAUCCUCAAAGUGUGCUUCAUCAGCAACAGCGCCAACCUGGGCAAGACCUUCAAACUGGUCAAAUGUGAAAGUUCCUGGACUAUCAGGAAAAUUAUUCAGUCCAUCCUGGACAGCGGACGACUCGGUCCCAACAUCAAGUUCUCCGAAUGCUACGGUCUGCUGCUCAAACACCUCAAAUCAGACGAGGUUCACUGGCUGCACCCGAACCUCACCGUAGCAAAGGUGGAGCAGAAAUAUGAACAGCAGCACGUCGAGGCAGAGUGGAGAUAUGACUUGAGGAUCCGUUACAUUCCUCCUGAUUUCCUGGAGAAGUUAAAGGAUGACAAAACUACAAUGCUCUACUUCUACCAGCAGGUCCGCAGUGACUACAUGCAGCACAGUGCAAGGAGAGUUAGUGAAGGGAUGGCGCUGCAGUUGGGCUGUCUGGAGAUUAGGAGGUUUUAUAAAGACAUGAAUGCCAGUGGCCUGGAGAAAAAAUCAAACUUCGAUCUGCUGGAGAAAGAUGUUGGUCUGGAUUUGUUCUUUCCUCAAGAAUUAAUCGAGAGUAUGAAGCCGAAGCAGCUGCGGAAACUGAUCCAGCAAACAUUCCAGCAGUAUGCCUUGCUGAAGGAAGAGGAGUGCAUCAUCAAGUUCUUUGAGACAUUAUCUGUCUUUUCCAGUUUUGAUGAAGAGGUUUUUUCUUGUGAGCUGGUGCAAGGAUGGAGCAUCUCUGUGGAUCUGGUCAUCGGGCCCAAAGGUAUUCGGCAGCGUACAGACAAAAGCUCCAUGCCGGUCUGUCUAGCCACAUUUGCACAAAUUCGAAGUAUUAAAUGCACGCCUCAGAAUGACGGAAAGACGCUGCUACAUAUAGAUAUAGAAGGAGCUAAACAGCCUUUGUCCAUCAGCAUAGCCUCUCUGGCCAUCGCAGAGAACAUGGCCGAUUUAAUCGAUGGUUACUGUCGUUUGGAGCACGGAAAAGAGACAACUUUAAUAGUACAGGCCAAAGAAGACUGUUCUGUCUUAUUGACCUUGUCUGAUCUUAUAUUGCAAAACAGUAUGGAAAACACCAGAUCUGACAGGGAAGGCAAAAAUUCAGAUAUUUAUGCAGAGAUACCAGAAGAUACACCAGUUCCAACAUGUAAAUUCAGCAUCUCACGGAACGACAUUGUCCUCGGCCGGAUUCUGGGUGAAGGUUUCUUUGGUGAGGUGCAUGAUGGGAUCUAUAAAAGCAAGACAGGAGAGCGAGUGAAUGUGGCUGUAAAGACAUGCAAGGACUGCUCAGCUGAUGUGAAGGAGAAGUUCAUGAGUGAAGCUUUGAUCAUGAAGAAACUGGACCAUCCGCACAUUGUGAGACUUAUAGGAAUUAUCGAGGAAGAUCCCGUGUGGAUUGUCAUGGAGCUUUACCAGCAUGGAGAGCUAGGAAAUUACCUGUCGGAGAACAAGCACAAAUUAACCACUGUCACACUGAUCCUGUACAGUCUUCAGAUCAGUAAAGCUCUUGCUUACCUAGAGGGCAUUAACAUGGUACACAGGGACAUUGCUGUGAGAAACGUGCUGGUUGCCAAACCAGACUGUGUGAAGCUGGGAGACUUCGGCUUGUCCCGUUACAUAGAAGAGGAGGAGUAUUACAAAGCCUCCGUGAGUCGAUUACCUAUCAAAUGGAUGGCGCCGGAGUCCAUCAACUUCAGACGCUUUACCUCGGCGAGUGAUGUCUGGAUGUUUGCUGUGUGCAUGUGGGAGAUCAUGAGUGGAGGUCAGCAGCCGUUCUUCUGGCUGGAGAACAAGGAUGUGAUAAACCAGCUGGAGCAGGGUGUCCGUCUGCCCAAACCUGAGCAGUGCCCGCCGACCCUCUACUCCCUCAUGACCCGCUGCUGGGCCUACAGCCCCGGCGAGAGACCCAGCUUCGCUGAGCUCGUGUGCAAGCUGAGUGAUGUUCAUAAAAUGGAGAUGGAGGUGGAGGACCAGCGAGCCAGAACUCGCUCCAUAAAUAUAACCUCGUUUACUGAUGCCCCACCGAAGCCGUCAAGAAUGAAACCAUCAGGUUUCAGUACUCUCAAUCCACAUCUACAGCUCCAGCUGCCCGAGUCUCUGCAUGUUAGUUCGCCAGCCCUCGCUAGCCCGCCAGACUGGCGCCCUGUGCUCGUGUCCGGCUGCACGCUGACCCUGCCGCCGUCCCCUCGCCGUGGCAGUAUGGAACGAGGUUUCCUGGAGCCCAACAGUAAGGAAGACGCUCAGCGGCUGUGGGAAAUGGAGAGGCAGUGCAUGCAGGACACUUUAAGGAGGCAGAAACAGGAAAUGCUGGAGGACAACAAGUGGCUGGAGAAAGAAGAGAGGCUUCUGGAUCCAUUUGCCAAUGACGACACAAAGGCUAAAGUGAUGUCAGAAAAUGAGACAAGCCGAGCUCCUUCCCAGGCUCCUCCGGUGAAGCCCCCGCGGGUGUCCGCUCAGCCAGCGCCGACAGCAGAACUGGACCGCACGGAUGACAUGGUCUAUCAUAACGUGAUGGAGAUGGUGAAGGUCGUGGUGCAGCUGAAGAACGAUGUCAACACAUUACCAGCCUCAGAGUAUGUCACUGUGGUGAAGUCGGUAGGAAUAACGUUGCGCAGUCUGAUCCGCAGUGUGGACGACAUCCUCCCGACUCUACACGAGUCCAUCAGAAUGGAGAUUGAAGGAACGCAGAAGUUGCUGAAUAAGGAUCUGGCCGAGCUGAUCAGUAAGAUGCGUCUGGCCCAGCAGAACGCUGUCACGUCUCUGAAGGACGAGUGUAAGAAACAGAUGCUGGCGGCCGCUCACACGCUGGCCAUGGACUCCAAAAACCUGCUGGAUGCUGUGGACCAGGCCCGAGUACGAGCAAAUGUGGCCAAACCCACCACACCCUAGAUCUGACCCCUGAUUGGGCGUCGGACAGACGGUUUCAUCCAAUGAGAAAGCUGGAGGAUGAACUGAACUGUAAAUGACCUGGUGCCACUUUAUUUAUGCUUCUGGAUGAUAAUGAAAGCAGUGCUUUCGACGUUGAAUGUUUGCAGAUGUAUUUCCACAAGUGUUUGCUUUCAAAGACGUUUAUUCUCAGGAAAGUUUGUGGGAGGAAAUAAAUGCAGUUUUUUCAUGUCA